AUGGAUAAAGCUAUGACUAAACUUGGAAGCUUUUGGGUCUCCAAGAAAGCCAAGGAAGAGAUUUCCAACAUAACCAACGACCUAUCUUCUUUCUCGAAUACUGUUGAAGACAAGGCUAAAUUUUUCAUCAACAAACUCAAAGGAAAAACUCAGAAAGCCUUACCGGAUCUCCUACGAGAGCACAACCUUCCUCCGGGUCUGUUUCCUCGUAACAUAACAUGCUAUGAGUUUGAUGAAUCAAAAGGAAAGUUGAUAGUGCACUUGUCCUCUCCUUGUGAGGUAUGCUUCAAGGACUCAUCCAUUGUGAGAUAUUCUAAUCGUGUGAAAGGGACACUGUCAAAGGGGAAACUCGUUGUUAUAGAUGGAAUGAAAACCAAGGUUCUUAUGUGGGUUAAGGUCACAAGUGUUUAUGUUGAGAGUUAUAAAUCUGACAAAGUAUGGUUCACUACUACUGGUGUUAAGAAAUCAAGGCCUAAAGAUGCCUAUGAAAUGCCUCGUGAAGCUAUUAAGGUUGAAGAAUUUUGA